CAAAUGCUUUGUUUAGAAACAAUCAUAUCACCCACGUGAAACUUAUUUCAACACUUACACAAAGCGAUUGGACCACAUUUGGUUAGUAAGUAAAAUAGCUAGUAGGCUGUCAGUCUGUGGGCAUUCUAUGACACAAGACCAAGCAAGCAUUCUUUGAGUUACUGACUGGUAUCGAUCUGCAAUCGAACUGGUUCAAAACGACUUAAAGAAUGGCAUCUAGGAAUCUCGUUUUUCUCCUUGUGUUGUUAGUAAUUCAAUCGAGUUGUUUGGUCUUGGGUGCGAGGAUUCAGGAGUUUUAUCCUGAUGGCAUCGAUGGUCCUCGCGGUUCCUCGGAGUUACUAGCGCGUCGAAUUUCUCCUCCUGUUACUCUUGGGACCACCUACAACCUCUAUGGAAAACCCUACACGAGUCUUAGAGUCUACAAGAAUGGUCUGAUUACAUUAGGAGAAGAGCCAAUUUCAUUCUCCCCCCAGAAACACAGAAAGUUCCUGUUCCCUCCCGAAGCAAAAGUCAUCGCCCCUUUUUACGGGCAGGGAGAUUUCACCAAUACCAGUAGAAUAUCAUACGGUGAGACACGAGAUUCAGAUAUCCUGACUCGAGCGAGUAAAGAUGUCAAGCAGUCGUUCUCUGGUGAAGACGAAUUCAAUGCGUCUGCGGUGUUUAUUGUCACAUGGUGCCAAGUUAAGCAUGCACAGCACAGUCAACAUAAAAAGAACAACACAUUCCAAGCAGUACUGGUAACCAAUGGCGACCAAACCUUUGUUAUUUUCAACUACCUUACACGAGGUCUGCAAUGGGCCAAGGGAUAUCAUUCGCAGUGGAAAGGCGCAAAAUAUGCGUAUGCGCAGGUGGGAUUCAGCGCUGGUGAUUUCGUAAGAUACUCCACAUUACCCGGAUCAGGCACAAACCAGGUUCAUUGGUUAGCGAGUAAAUCCAAUAUGAACACCCCUGGACGGUGGAUAUACAAGGUCGGCUGGCCCGGUAUGCAUGGGAACGAAGUUCAGUCAGCUGACAGCUUUGAAAUAGAUGAUUCUACUAAUACAGACUUCUUUGCUGCUCAAUUUUACGAUGGGUGUUUUGUUGUUCACGGUUACCUCACCGCCAACCGAAGUCAAAUCUGGAAGGACGUCAGUAUUCGUUCCUGUAUUGCGCUCUGCUUCGAGCGACGCCAAAAAUACGCUGCACUUCACAAUGGUAGCCAAUGCGCAUGUCUGAAUGACAUCAGACACCUGAUCAAGACUAAUACUGACCAAGACUGUGAUAUGGCGUGUUCGGUUAACGAUGAUGAGGUCUGUGGAGGACAGAUGACCGCGUCUGUGUAUCAGAGUGUGGGUCUCGCAGCGGUUCAAUCGGAUCAGUCUGGUGGUCAGAGGAAACGAAAAGAUGUAGAUGAGUGUGCGGUAGGAGUGGUCAGCUGUCAUGCCAAUGCAACAUGUAUCAACAAAUCUCCUGGAUACUGCUGUCAAUGUAAUGAAGGUUUCUAUGGUAACGGAAUCACGUGCAUCGAAAUAGGUGCCGUUCAACGCAUGGUUGGCUUUCUCUCUGGCACAGUAAACGGUGAAGAAUUCAUAUCUCUCAACAUGGACACUAUAGCAUUCUCAGACGAUGGUCGUGCGUACGUGUCUGUGCGAGCCUUCCCACCCUAUCUGGCUCAUUCUGCUAGGGUGUUGACCCCCCUGACUGACGUGGUUGGCUGGAUGUAUGCUAAGCCUAAACCAAGUGGGUUUUACAAUGGAUAUAAUGUGGUUGGUGCGAGGUUUGUCAGACGAGCGUCUUUGCGCUUUGAUUCAGGCGAAGAGUUAGCUAUCCUCCAGAAAUACCAGGGCAGAGACGUGCUGAGCCACUAUAUGAAAGUUGAAACAACUAUGAAUGGUGCCAUCCCACGAAUCCACCCAAAAGCUGAAGUGCGCAUGCGCAAAUUUAGACAAGAAUUUCAAAGGACGGCAGCGGGGAGAGUUCAGUCACGUGGUACUGUCAAAUAUCAGGUUGAUGGUAGGGAACACUAUUUCACAGUGGAUCAGUUUAUCGAUUAUGACGAACAAAAAAGGUGUGGUCAACACGUGGUUAGAGGUGUCCUAGAAGCUGAUGUACUCACGUCAAACUAUGACCCGGCCCAGGCCUUCCUCGGUAUUGCUGUCAAAGGAACUUUCAUCAACACUACACUGGAUUCUAUCGAUGUUCAAAGCCAAGAAGCUGACAAGAUGUGUGGAAGCAAGAAAGUCACGUGUCAUACACGUGGAGUCUGUAUUCAGUAUAGGGGAGAUAAAGAGUGCCGCUGUAAUCAUGGUUACCUUGGAGACGGGGUUACUUAUUGUGAUGAUGCUGACGAAUGCAAAUUAGGUCGUUACCGCUGUGCUCCAGAUGCAGACUGUGUCAAUACUGUGGGCUCAUACAGAUGUGUCUGCAAGAAAGGAUAUGUUGGUGAUGGAAAAACCUGUCAAAAAGAUUCAGUAAUCCAGUGCCCAAGGCCAUGUGGUGCUAAUGCCAAGUGUGUGAAAAUCGCUCUGGGGCUCCUGUGUAAUUGUAAUCCUGAUUACCAAGGCGACGGAUUCGACUGCAAACCGGACGGAACAUGUGCAGGAAUAAAGUGUGACCCCAACGCUAAAUGCGCAACAUCAAGUGACAAGUCACGCAAGUGCGUUUGUAACGAUGGUUACCAAGGAGACGGACAGACAUGUACAGCUUUGGAAGGAAGGUGUGGUGGCGUUGUUUGUAGCACUAAUGCUCAAUGCGUGCAGUCAAAAUGCGUUUGUAAUCCUGGUUUCCAAGGAAAUGGCAAGAAUUGCUCAGACGAAAAUGAGUGUGAAUUGAAAACUCAUCGAUGUGAUACCAACGCUGACUGCAUCAACACCGUAGGCUCAUACUCCUGUCGAUGCAGGCUAGGCUACCAAGGCGACGGCUUAAGUUGUCAGAAAGCCUCGGCAUCAUGUGGAGGCGAGAAAUGCCAUCGAUUUGCAUAUUGUGACGUCGAUCCCCAAACCAAGAAACAACAGUGUAAAUGUAGAAGAGGUUUCCGUGGCAACGGAGCUGAGUGCUUAGAUUUCAAUGAAUGUAUUCCCAUAUUAAAAACAUGUGACGUCAACGCCUUGUGUCGCAAUACCCUUGGUAGCUAUGAGUGUAUCUGUAAGAGAGGAUUUAUACAAGGAUCAGAUGACGACAAAACGUGUAUAGUUGAUGACAGGUGUAAUGGAAUCAAGUGUGACGUCAAUGCUCGUUGUGACCGGGUGCAGGGCUGUACCUGUAAAACAGGCUUCGUUGGUGAUGGAAAGACAUGCAAUGAUAUCGAUGAAUGCAAGUCAGAGAUGACUCGCUGUGAUCCCAAUGCCGACUGCCGUAACACCGCUGGCUCAUUUACCUGCAGUUGCAGGUCUGGUUUCGAAGGUGAUGGCGUGCGAUGUAGAGUCGACAACUCGUGCGAUGGCGUCGUAUGUAACGUCAAUGCCAGAUGUGAAGUACAGCCUGAUGGUCGAACAAGACGAUGUGUAUGUAGCAACGGUUGGCAAGGCAACGGAACCUUGUGCACUGACGUUGAUGAAUGUCAGUCAAGUCGAUUCAGUUGUCCACCCAACACGGACUGCAUCAACAGUAACGGCUCAUAUGAAUGCCGCUGUAAACGAGGAUUUGAAAAGAAAGGCUCGAGUUGUGUUGAGGACGAUUCUUGUGGAGGGGUCACGUGUGAUGCUAAAGCACGGUGCGUUCAGACUCCUCAAGGUACUCGACAAUGCGUCUGCAACACAGGAUGGCAGAAAAACGGCAACAGAUGCAUCGAUAAAGACGAGUGCCAGACUAACCCAUGCCAUCCAAAUGCCGACUGCAUCAACUCCAUUGGAUCGUUUUCAUGUCGCUGUAAACCUGGAUAUAACGGCAAUGGACAAGCCUGUAACGACGUAGACGAGUGUCAGUCAGGUCAAUCCAGAUGUCCAGCCAAUACUGACUGCAUCAACAGAGAAGGCUCCUACGAAUGCCGCUGUACAACUGGAUUCGUUAGCAACGGCUCAAGCUGUAUUGUGGACGAGUCCUGUGGCGGUGUCAAAUGUGACCCCAAUGCAAAGUGCAUACAGAUUGCUCAAGGAGUGCGACAGUGCGUUUGCAAUGCAGGAUGGGAAAAGAACGGCAACACAUGCAUUGAUGUAGACGAAUGUCGGGCAUCGAUCAGCCCUUGUCAUUCAAACGCCAACUGCAUCAACUCAAUUGGCUCGUUCUCUUGCCGCUGUAGGCCUGGGUUCAAAGGAGAUGGACAAUUUUGUGAAGAUGAUGGGACGUGUGGAGGAGUUCAGUGCCAUCCUGACGCCAGCUGCCACAAGAACACAGCAGAAGGAACAAGAUGUGUCUGUAAACCGGGAUAUCUUGGCGAUGGAAGAAAAUGCGCAGAUAUAGACGAGUGUAUUCAAGGCAAGGACGAGUGUCACGAACAUGCCACGUGCACAAAUAGCGCAGGCUCAUAUAAAUGCUCUUGUAACCUUGGUUACGUUGGAGAUGGAUUCAACUGCACAGAUGAUGGGUCGUGUCAGGGAAUCGACUGUGAUCCUAAUGCCAAAUGCGUAGCUUCAUCGCCAACAGAUGGAAACAGAACUUGUGUCUGCAACGAUGGAUUCUCUGGGAAUGGAGAGCUUUGUAGAGAUGUGGACGAGUGUGACCUGGGGCAUGCCAAGUGUCAUCGUAAAGCCGAGUGCGUCAAUCAAGUAGGAUCAUACCGGUGUCGGUGUAUUCGGGGGUAUGUCGGAGAUGGUAAACAGUGUGAAAGCGAUGGAACUUGUGAAGGAAAAGUGUGCGACUUCAACGCAGACUGUGUGACCACAAAUACGACUAGAGGAAUAGACAAGACAUGCAAAUGCAAGGAUGGUUUCAGUGGAGAUGGGGUUAUAUGCACAGAUGUGGAUGAGUGCAUCAAGGAUCCGUGUCCACCAAUGUCUCAGUGUGUUAACGCGUUCGGCACCUAUGUAUGUCAGUGUAAGCCAGGCUACAAGAAGUCCAACGGUCUUUGCGAAAAGAUUUGUACUCGUUGUCGAAACGGAGGGUCAUGUAUUGGUGAAAAUGAGUGCAAAUGUCCAAAGGGAUAUUCUGGCAACGUCUGUCAGUGGUAUGGCGAAGCAUCGUUGAUCUACACAAAAGGAAACAGUGUACAAAGAAUGUCCCUUCCGCCUCGAUCUAAUGCAAUAGGUCUGGUCUACAAUCACGAGGGGAUGGUGAAUGUUGGCCUCGAUUACGACUGUGUCGAGGAGUAUAUAUACUGGACAGAGGUUAUGGAAGGAUGUAUUAUGCGCGCUAAGUAUGAUGGGACGAAUCGGGAGUUGGUUUUCCAGAGAUCUGAAGUCAGAAGCCCUGAAGGAUUGUCCGUGGACUGGAUUGGCCGUAAUCUGUAUUGGACAGACUCAGGACUGGAUGUGAUUGAGGUAUCAAGACUGAACGGUAGCAACCGGAAGGUCCUUAUCUCUAACGGGCUGUACGACCCAAGGGCCAUCCUCGUAGAUCCCCCUAGCGGAAAGAUGUACUGGUCUGACUGGACACGUCGCCGACCUCGUAUCGAGACGGCUGACAUGGAUGGUACUAAUCGCCGUGUGCUGGUAUAUGAUGACCUGGGCUUGCCUAAUGGUCUAACCCUGGUGCAGACCACCAAUGAACUGUGUUAUACUGAUGCUGGCUCGUGGUCUAUACGAUGCGUGGACCUUGCCGGGUUAAAUGUGCGAAAGGUUCUUACUCGUGUUACGUAUCCGUUUGGUAUCGCGUACUUUAACCGUACCUUGUACUGGACAGACUGGAAUCAGAAUCUCAUUCAUAGGAUUGGUGUCGAGUCCUCAACACCGGAUUCUUCCCUUGCUACCUUCGUUGGCAAAACUGGGAAAAUUUUCGACGUUAAGGCGGUGCAACCUUGCCCUGCUAAAGUGCCACGAAAUCCAUGUUCAGAUAAGAAUGGAGGGUGUUUGGGGCUGUGUCUUCUCAAGCCGCAUGGUGGUUACACGUGUUCGUGUCCUAAGGGUCAGUUUCCUGUAAAAGAUGGAAAUCAAACGACAUGUAGAGGUAAAUGUGACGAUCCACUGGGGAUGGAGAAAGGUCUCAUAUCUGAUGCCCAGCUCACCGCAUCCUCGGCAUGGAGCAACAACCCCAAGCGUCACGGCGCACACCGAGCCCGCCUGAACCUAGACACUUGGCCAGCGGGAUGGAGCACGAAGAAGUUCGACCCGAAACCAUGGGUACAGAUUGAUUUGGGCACCCAUACGAUGGUGACUGGGGUUGCGACUCAGGGACUGGGGAAGAGUAUUGGGGAAUGGGUCAAGACGUAUCGGGUGGCGUACUCUGAUGAUGGGGUCACGUGGUAUGUGCUCAGAAACGGUGGUCGGAAAAAGAUUUUCGUGGCCAAUUCUGACUCAACGACUGUCAAACGAAAUAAAUUUCCAGCGGCUCUUAAGACCCGAUGGUUGAGAAUCCUACCACGAACCUGGCAUAAUCACGUGUCCAUGCGAUUAGAACUCUACGGUUGCUAGGUAACGUAGUGUUGUUAAGCAACCUAGUAGCCUAGGUAACCUGUGCUAUCGCAGUGGUAAUCUAGGUGACUAGGUAGGAGAAUGGUUACAGGGUAGCCUAGAAUUUAGGAAACCCAGUGGCUAGGGAGGCGAAGGUGUUGCUAGGUAACCUAGUAACCAUAGAAACUAAAGUGUUUGUUAGGUAACUUUAUCCGAAUUCAAAAGGCAGCACUUUGAGAACAGCACCAAAAUUCUGAAUUUUUUUUAGUACUCCUUUGGUUUGUGGAGCAUUUUCAUGGAUUUUUGUCUUUUGUUUGACGUUGCGCUCGUGCCCAGUCCACUAAUUUUCAGGGGAAAGAUCCUGGUACGAAUUUGAGCGUUUAAUAUUUUUUAAUAUUACUGAUAUAAAUUUUUUCUAGCCAUUCAUAACUUUAGUGGUUUCUUUCUUAGCUUAUGUAAUCAAAGCUGCCUCACGCUUGUCUACCGUCAUGCUUUGCGGUCAUUAUAGUGUUUCUAUAGGUGGGCUACCUGUGUACAUUUAAUUGACGUAACGAUUUUUAAAGCACCGUAAAGCAUGAUGGGAAGACAAGGGUUAUUAUCAACAUUAUUAUGUGCAUAUUAGUGGAUUGUUGUUUAUGUAAAGGAGUUGCGGGGAGUUGAACGAUCACGUGAUGGCAGCCAUGUUGGAUGACAGGCGCAAAAACAAUCAAGAAUAAUGCACUGCCAUCCAAGAUGGCCACCGGCACGUGAUUGCGCAUGUCCUCUAUAGACGGCCGUUGUCAUAUUAACUAUAGACGACUAUAACAGAACGUGCUGAAGUAUUUAUCGCAUCAAAAUAAACUAAAUUUUUCUAAUUA